UAAACUGGGUCUGGCUGGUCCCAGGUCCCUCACCCCCAGCAAGCACAACCGACUUAAACAGAUCUCGAUCGCACCACCAAGGCUGAACCAGCUCUGAACAUGGUUCACUCAUCUGUUCUAUAUCACAAUGAUAACCAGACAGUGCUCCUCCUUGAUCUCCCUCGUUCAAUCGAGGAAGCUCAACUGCUCCCAAGCGAGCUUGAUGAUGGCGCGCUAACUCCGGGGAAGCUCCGGUCACUGAUCUCGGCAGAACCUCCAUCGUCCCCGUUUCCGACUCCGGAGCCCAAAUCGAAGAAAUCGCGGUCAUCCCCGGCCAGCGCUGCUCCAACUGCUUCCGCUCACAUAGCAGAACUGAUGGCCCGUUCUGCUGCCGAGUCGGCCCUGGAAGAUAUUCGGCACUCUUACGACAGAGGAAAAUGGUGCUUACCGCGUCACUGUCCGCCAAAGACAGAUCGCCUAACGACAGUCAACCGCAACGGGAAGCGGGGUCCCGAUGGAGAAGCUCUUGUAGCCAUCUCAAACACAGCCCUUGACGAUGCCCCUAGUGAGGCGCCGCCAGACCUCUCCCAUUACAUCAUCCCAAAGGCAUCUCACUGCCUGCUUGGCACGGUGGAGUCUCAGCGAUCUCAGUUUCUUGCGACAGCUCCCAAGAAGUUUGACCUGAUCCUCAUGGACCCGCCCUGGCCUAACCGCUCCGCAAAGAGGAAAAGGGGCAUCUACCAACCCGUCCGUGACACGGACUCUAUAAGGGACCUCCUCUCCCAGAUUCCUGUCGCAUCGCACUUAUCCGAGGAUGGUCUCGUAGCUGUGUGGGUUACGAACUCGGCACGAGGCGCCGAGCUUCUCACAUGCCCACAGGGUAUCUUCGAUGAGUGGCAAGUCGAACUGGUCGGCGAGUGGAUAUGGCUAAAGGUGACCACAGGCGGAGAGCCCAUUGUGAGUCUUGAUUCCGCCUGGAGGAAACCGUGGGAACGGCUUCUGCUCGCUAGGAAACGUGGAACCGGUCCGGGUGUCAAGAAACGAAGCCCUAUAGAGACCAAGGUUAUCGUAACGGUUCCGGACCUCCAUUCCAGGAAACCUAAUCUUCGAGGUUUGUUCGCGGACCUUCUGUCGCCCGAUUAUCAAGCUCUGGAAGUCUUCGCCCGGAACCUGACGGCAGGGUGGUGGAGCUGGGGUGACCAGUGUCUGCUUUUUCAGCACCGAAGCCGUUGGGUAGACGUUAUCUCGGAUGAAGAACAAGAAGAGCUGCUCGUUCCUCCAAAAGAAAGGUGAGGCAAGCAGUAUAGACAGACAACCGGAACGCCUUCUAGUGUUGUUCCGUCUACUUCUUCUGUAUCGUAUCGUACAUGUUACACGGUAAAAUCGCCAAUGUCCCGCCCAACAGGUGCAAUAUAUCAUACAAUCAGGUUCCAAGCCAAGCCAAUUUCUAUCCGCUCCAAGAUUAUCAUUUCCAUUGCAUGAGAGGACCGUCGUUUCCUCGCUCUUUCCCUUCCCUUCGUCCCACCUAUUCCCGACUCUGCGCAGAACCCAAUUCAAUGGGUGCGACACAGUCAAGAAGUCCGGCCCUCAUAUUUAUUGCUUAGUCUCCGAAGCCUUGCUGCUGCU